AUGAAGAAUGUGUCAGCUUUAAAAUCAGAUUCCACUAACUCUCCCAAAACUCCUGGCGGGAUCAGUAAGUCUCUUUUAACUCCUUGUCGAAGAGUUGGUCUUUCACGGAAUUGGAGAAACAAGGGACCUUCGCCGUUUAUAUCUCCUCUGUCUGGCAGUACACCGACUUUAAGAGAAGUAACCAAUGAUACGAGGAAGCGAAAAUCUCUUGUUCUAGACGACAAUAUUGAAAAAACUUCCGAAGUGUCUGAUGUUGACAACACAAGUGAAAUUCAAGUAGAACAAAGUAGCGAAAUUGAUAAAACCCCGUCCAGAAAUGUUCAAUUGCCUCGUAAAAAGAAAUCUAAGACACUAUUAAUAGCUAUAAAUCGUUCUCAAGAGGAUGUGAGUGCUAAUUUAGAAGUAACUAAUGAAACCAGUGCAAUAACCAUAAAGGAAGACACUUCUGAAGACGUAAGUGUUCAAAACAUUGAGAAUAUUGACGAAGUUUCCACUCCAGUAAGGACUAGGUCGAAAAAAUCGAAAAAGCAAUCUCCAAGAGUAAGAGCUCUUUCUAAAAAUAAUAAAAAUGCAGAUAUAGCAUCAGAAGUAAGUGCCAAUGAGAUAAAUGAUAUCAAAAUUGGCUCAGAUACUGAAAAUUGUAAGGACCCAAAAGAUGAAGAAUACAAAAUCAAAGAAAGAAGUCCAAAUGAUUUAAGAAAAGAGUGUAUAGUUGUCAUACAAAGAAAGAUAUUUAAGAAAACCGAAGAUAGUAAUACAGAUACAAUGAAAAAUGAAGAGAAACAUGAUAACUCCACAUCUCAAGCAUUAUUUGAUUCUGAUUCAGAUGAGAUACCUUUAAAUCAAUUAAAUUCAGCAAAAAAUAAGUCAGAGAAAGCUAAUGAAGAAGAGAAGAAAACUACAACAGAGAAUAUAAUUGACAUUACCGAAGAUGAUGAUUUUGUGGACAAAUCAACCAAAGUAAAUGUUAACAAAGUCAAAGAGAAAGAAAAGAAAUCUCCUAAACAUAAAUUAAAAACCAAUAAACCACUGAAACUUAAAACAGAAAAAGUCAAAGUACAACCUAAACCAUCUUCACAAAGCUCUUACGAUGAUGAUGAUGAUGACUUUGACACCAACAAAAAAACAAUUAUAAUCAGGAAAACAUAUGAAAAAGUUAGCAAACCUUUAAAAGCUAAGUCUACUGGUUCCAUAACCCAACAAGACAUUGAUGAACUUAAAGCAAGGAUAGAGACAAAGAAAAAACUCCUGUUAGCGCAAUCCAUAAACCCAGAUACGGCAGAAUUAAGGAAUUUAAUAAAAAAAUGGCAAAAGGGAUGUCAAAAUGCUUUGAUGGAACUAUUAGACCUAAUGAAAACUAAGUUUCAUGAUAAACAGGAUAUGGACUAUGCUGAAAUGUUGAGAACUUUGAAAAUACCUCCAUCUUUAGUUGGCUAUGAUGCUGAAAAUGAUUGUUUUAACGAACCUAAUGAUGCUAGCAUUAUCUUACAUAAAUUCCAGGAUUUAUAG